UUCCAACCUUCCUGUUCUACUAAAAUUCCCAGUUUAGAAAUAGCAGGGCUAGCUAACCAGUCGAGGUAUAGAAAUUAUGGGAAGCAACCAAUCUAACCGCGGCAUUGUUGACGACUCCGACGGAUCCUCACAUGGAAAGAAGUCUCGCAUCAUGUCCUUCCAUUCCAAAGACCAGUGGAAGACACACUUCACUGCCUCUAAGCAAACUAAUAAGCUCGUAGUGAUUGAUUUCACGGCAACAUGGUGCGGUCCUUGUCGAUCGAUGGAGCCAGCCUUGAAAGAGUAUGCUGAUAAGUACACUGACGUCGAGUUUGUGAAACUUGAUGUGGACGAGUUACCGGAUGUGGCGAUGGAGUUUGGAGUGCAGGCGAUGCCUUCCUUUGUGUUUGUUAAGAAAGGAGAAGUAAUUGAUAGAGUUGUUGGGGCAAUGAAGGAUGAGCUCCAAAAGAAGAUAGAGAAACACAGGAAAUGAUUACCAUUCCUCACUGUUAUCCACCUCGGGUAGAUGAAGCCCCCCAGAUUGGAAAGAUACAGCUGACCAAAAUAAAGCCAGAAUAAGACUACUAAUAAGAGAUCUCUCACUUGGGGUUUUGGAGUUCUAUAUGGUUCAGUUUCCUUGUAUUCUUUCACGUUUCUUUGAAGUUUGUACUUCUCAGAGUUACUUUAAUUUAAGCAAAGAUAUUUACUUCUUCCGUAGA